GCCAAUCUAGAAAUAAACAAGGAAGGUCUUAUAGCGGACCUUGGAUGUAUGUUAAAUGAGGCAUCGGGGGCAUUUAGAAGGGAGAUGGAAAGCUUCUUUAUUUCUGGUGCAGCAAGGAUUGACCUCAUAGCCAAAGUUAUCGACCUGGACAAUGCUAUUGGAGGAUACAAUUUUGAUAUUCAAAAUUUAGAGGCAACGUCUAAUGAACUAGCAAGUCUUCGUAGUGCUGGCGACUCACCUAUCGCUGAAAAUGUACAGCAGAUUUUUCUUGACGAUCUCCUGACUUCCUAUCAGCAAAUGGAAACCAGUUUCACCAAGAAUCUCAUCCAGUUAUACAAAGGCUUCGAGUUCCGCACACUCUGGAAUGUAGAUGGCACCCUAAAAAAUCACCAACGACUCGCAGUUGGGGCUGCUCCCGGCACUGGACAACUGCGAGGAGUUUUGGAGUUGAACAAGGCCUUGACAGCGUUCAAUUCUGUUCUUAUGCAAGGACAGCAAUGCUUUUCACAGUUCAUUCACCAAACCAGCACUCACAAAUGGUCUUUUAACAGUACCACACACCCUUUAUUAUUUAGUGACUUGCACAAUGGCAAAGCGAUGUUUGAUUUAUCUAUAGACGACAGUUGUAGCGAUUGCUAUAAUAUACGCUUACUAAAGAUGUAUAUUGAGCUCUACGGGAACGGAUCUCAAACCGAAAACAACCUCCCGGAUAGAGUUUACCUUGGGUUAAAACAUUCGACAGGAUCGUACUUUAGAGAUGGAAAUGGAGCAGUGAGGGAAUUCCGACAGCCAUUGGCAUUACAGUACAGAACGUUCGAGUUCAACCGCUUUGCAAUAACUGAUAGAUCUAGAUGUGCAGAAGCCCAAUUGGCCGGAAAUGGGGAUUCUUCUUUCUGUUUGGGAGAAGACGACGUACGUUUGGUACCAAUGUGUUGCCAUUACCUCAGCGGUGACUCGUGUGACGACGCACUCAGCGGAGGAAAUGAGUGCCAGAGUCCAUUUGGAACUUACGAAUUGACCAUGCCAAAAGACGAUCAACUUAUUUGUUCGACGGAAAGUACACAAAUAACGAACAAAAACUGCAAAGAUUUUGAUCGUACCAUUUAUACCCAUAUGAACAUUUGGGUACUCAAUCUGCUUUGGACCGAUCAGUAUCCCAAAGCACCAGACGAUUCUAGAUGUGGCCAUUCUGCUCUUACGAAGUCUGCCGUGAGGCGCCCCCGGGAAGGCAAAGUUUUAAAAAAGUUUAAGACAUAACAUA